AUGUCUUGCAUUAUAUGGAACGUUCGUGGGGUUUGUCAGAAACCUACGGUUGAUCAUCUUAAACUUAUGGUUAGAAAUAAUAAUGCCCAGGUGCUUGUUUUGCUGGAGCCAAAGGUUAGUCACAAUAAGCUUCAACGAUUGGCGUGGCAACUUGGUUUUCAAUCGUCUUUGCAUGGUGGGGAAGACAAUAGAUACAUUUGGAUAAUGUGGAAAAUAGGAUGUACAGUUACUUUGUGUGAGACUAAAAGCCAAUACAUCUCGGUGGAAAUGAGGCUAGCCAUUGGGCAACUGUGUUACACUGCUUUUAUAUACGCUAGCUGCUCGUAUAUCACCAGAAAAGAUUUGUGGAAUUCGAUGUCCGAUUCGAUUGGCAGCGGGACUGCUCCUUGGCUGAUUGGAGGUGAUUUUAACACGAUUGCUCAUGUUGAGGAAAAACGAGGUGGUCGGGUGGUGGAUCCUACUGUGUUGUUUGAUUUUCAAAAUUUUAUACUUAACAAUGGGCUCAUGGAUGUGGGAUUUGUGGGGUCGAAAUUCACCUGGUGCAAUAAUAGAGUGGGUGCAGCUCGGGUGUGGAAACGUCUGGAUAGAGUUUUGAUAAAUAAUUCAUUGCAAAGUAUAUUUCCUAAUAUGGCAGUUCGACACCUAGAUAGGGUGUGUUCAGAUCAUGCGCCUCUAUGUAUUCAAUUUGAGGGAGUGAAACGUAAGGCUAAAAGUCAAUUUCACUUUCAGAGAAUGUGGAGCGAUCACCAUGACUUCCAUAAUGUUAUCAAAUCUUCAUGGGAUACACCGGCAGAAGGAUCACCAGGACAAAUAUUUUGCGAAAAACUGCGGCGGCUUCAACGUGUGCUUAAAGAUUGGAAUUGGUCGGUUUUUGGAGAUCUUCAACUCAAGAUUAAGGCUCUGCAAGAUCAAGUUCAAAGUUUGGAAAAUCAGCUGCAAGGAGCAUGGGAUGAGCAGACGUUUCAGAAUUCCCUGGCGGCCAAAAGAGAGCUCCUACAACUAGAAGAAUGGGAAGCGGAACUUCUUUGCCAGAAAGCGAGGAUUGCUUGGUCUAAAGAUGGUGAUAGAAACACGAAAUUCUAUCAUGCAACUAUAAAAGAUCGACGCCGGAAACAAAAUAUUACAUUAACGAAGCGUGAUGGUACUAGGACUCAAUCUGGCAAGGAAGUGGCGGAGGUGGCAGCGGAAUUUUAUUCAGAGCUUUUCCGGGCUUCUGCAUAUUGUAUUGACGAGGAGUUAUUUGCUCAUAUUAUUCCGACUGUGACUAGGGAGAUGAAUGCUGGAUUUUGUGUUUUACCAAUGGAGUUAGAGGUUAAAGAGGCAAUGGAAGGUCUUAAUCCGAAUAGCUCUCCGGGUGAGGAUGGAUUUACGGGCUAUUUUUAUCGAUCGUGUUGGAGCAUUAUCAAAGAUGAUCUAAUGGCAGUGAUCAAAGACUUCUACAACGGAGGUUAUCUUCCAUCGGGGUUCACUAAAACUCUAUUAGUGCUUAUUCCAAAAACUCCAACUGCUGCAGAGAUUGGCGAAUAUCGACCUAUCAGCCUUGGGAACUUUUCCGGAAAAAUUAUAUCUAAAAUUAUGGCUAAUAGAAUGGCGGGAAUUCUUCCUGGUAUAAUUGAGGAGGAGCAAGCUGGCUUUGUUAAAGGCCGGAGCAUAACUACUCAUACAGUGCUUGCCCAAGAGCUUAUGGGUAACUUAAAUAGAUCCUCGAACGGAGGUAAUAUGGUGAUUAAAUUGGAUAUGGCAAAAGCUUACGAUCGCUUGGAAUGGAGAUUUUUACUUCGAGCCAUGACGACAUUUGGAUUUACCCACCAAGCUUGUGAUCUUAUAUAUCGUAAUAUUUGCAAUAUAGGAUAUGGUUUUCGAAUCAAUGGAGAGAUUGUGGGGCAUUUUCGCUCGUCGCGAGGGGUUCGGCAAGGGGACCCUUUAUCUCCCAUGCUUUUUAUUAUGGGGCAACAAAUAUUAACUGCCAACUUAAAGAAAGGAAUCAUGGGAGGUCAGAUUCGUCCAUACAAGAUGGGGAGGAAUGAGCUUGGGAUCUCGCAUCUUUUUUAUGCCGACGACGUGCUUAUUUUUACAAAUGGGCACCCACAAUCGGUUACCUCUCUUAAGGAGAUUAUCAAUAAAUAUGAGCGGUCAUCAGGACAGAAGACAAAUACGGCAAAAAGUGGACUCUAUCUGGGCAAAGGGGCGACUGCUUUUAAAGUUCAAGUGGAAGGCAUUUUGGGAAUCAAAACCAAGGAUUUUCCGAUAAUCUAUUUGGGAGUUCCAGUUUCGGUGGGACGUAACAAGGCGGUUGAUUAUGAAUUUUUAGUUAGUAAGAUCCGUAUGAAACUUGAGGGUUGGAAAGCACGAUUACUCUCUUUUGGCGGGAAAAUUACAUUGAUUAAAUCCGUCUUAGCUAGUAUUCCAGUAUACACACUCGCAUGCUCAUACGUUCCAAAAUCCGUACUUAACCGUAUUGAACAGCUCAUGGCCAUGUUCUUAUGGAGCUCUCGUGGAGCUGCGCGAUUUCAUUGGGUCAAGUGGGGCAAGAUAUGCAAACCAGUUGAAGAAGGUGGAUUGGGAAUUCGAAAUUUGGCCCAAGUACAGAGGUGCAUGCACGGGAAACUCAUGUGGAUGGUUUAUAAGGGGGGCACUCUCUGGUCGAAGUUUGCAAAGCAAAAAUACUUUCAAAAUGGGAAAGGAAAUAUUAAAUUAUGGCGGGAGAAUUGGCUUGGGGAACGGCUCAACUGUCCAACAUUUUUAAACCACGAGAUAACGGUCCGAGAAGGCUUAGAUCGGCUAGAGGAACUCUUACAGUACAUUCCUCCGAGCCUUAAAAUAGGUGUACAACAUGUGGUUCUUCGCCCGGACAAGGAUGACGAGUUGAUUUGCACUCUUUCCAGUUCUGGGGAGUUUUAUGCGAAAGAUUAUUGGGAACUGCUUGCAGUUACAGGAGGGCGUCACCAGUGGGCAGAGAGGUUGUGGCAGCCAUAUAUCCCUUUUAAUUUGUCGGCCUUCUUAUGGAAAGGAUCCCACCACGCUCUCCCAAUGGAUGAUCGCAUAAUUCAAAAAGGAAUUCCCAUUGCUUCGAAAUGUAACUGUUGUCUAGUGCCUCGUUCGGAAUCCAUACAACAUUUGUUACUUUCCUCAGAUUGUGCCACUAAGGUGUGGAGUCACUUCUCGUAUAUUUUUCACACUCCUUGGAACAAGAACUUUAUUGUGCUCAGCUUGCUGUUAUGGUCUUACCAAACGAAGGACUAUAACUCGUUUGCGGCAAUUAAAUUGUCGACGUGCGUAUUAAUAAUGCAUGGGAUAUGGAAAGCCCGGUGUAGCGCUCGGUUUGACGAAGAAAUUAUAAAUCCUUUAUCGAUUAUUCGGAGAAUUAUGCAUCAAUUGGAAUUGGUGGCGAUGCAGCUAAAACCAAAAAAAAAGAACUCCCCGCUCCAAGAUAACAUUCUUCAAAGUUUGAGGCUGCCGAGUGCUCCUGUGCGCGAACCGGUUCGCCGGUGGUUCCGGUGGGAGAAGCCUCCGUUAGGUCAUUAUAAGUUGAAUGUGGACGGGUCGUCUAAGGAGGGGUUGUGUGCGGGUGGAGGAAUAAUCCGAGAUGGUCACGGGAGAUUAGUGGCUGCUUUUUCUUCCUUUUAUGGCCAUGGUUCGAAUAAUAAAGGUGAAUUGUCUGCUCUCUUAGAUGGAUUACAGGUCUGUCAAGCCUUGCGGCUGAGUAAUGUAAUUAUCGAGAGUGAUUCUCUGAUUGUAGUCAAUGCUAUACAUGGGAGAUCGUCAAUUAGUUGGGACCUUACAUAUAUGCUUCACCAAUGUAGUGAAAUGCUUCCGUCGGGUUACUCAAUUACUCAUAUUGUUCGGCAAAAAAAUGUUGUGGCGGAUCGGCUAGCGGCUUGGGCAUACAAUCACAUGGGUUAUCAAGAUUUUUUUCAAACUAGGGAUCUUCCAAGCUCUGUUUGGGAUUUUCAGGCUCGUCCCAUUCCUUUAUUUUGGGUUAGCCAUAUAGGCAAUAGUAGACACGGCCACAGGCCGGGUUUGACCCGGACGCGGCUCGGAGACCGCCCCGCCACGUUGACCAUUGACUCGGACCCGACAAAGACCCGGACCCGAGUAUCCGUCGGAUACAUCAAAGGUACCCCCGGCCAAGGAUUAUUACUUCCUUCCAAGAACGAUUUACUUUUGAAAACAUUUUGCGAUUCAGAUUGGGCAGAUGAUGCUGAUAUUUUUACUUGUUCGGUUUGCUAUUUGCUUUGGCGAAUUCAUAGAGUCAUGAGCGGACACGGCGGCUGCGGCAGUGCCGCAUUUUUACAACCUGAGUUGUUACCGAACAACAAACAAUUUCUAAACAGCAAACGGCACGAGGGUAAAUUGGGAAACAACAAAUCGAACGAAGAUAACGGAAUGAAGGCAAACUGCAAAUUUUGUUGUUCCAUUGAGGAGAUGCCUAAUGCGAGCGAAAUGGUGAGCCCUGACAUUAUGUAUAGCCGCAAAGCUGUCCCGGCCCCCAUUAAGUAA